AUGUCUGCCAUUCGCUCUUCUAUCCGAGCUGCAACGCCGUUCUUGCGCUCUGCACGGCCUAAUGCUCUGUAUAGAGCACCCAUUGGACCUUGUGCUUCGACUGCAAGACUACGAAGAUCACCAAAUCAGAUCUGCCGAGUUACACCAGCGGCAGUACGAUCCUAUGCCUCUUCCAGCGAGCAAGCCAAUGCCAAAACAAGUCUCUACGACCUUCAUGUUUCUAAGGGAGCAAAGAUGGUUCCUUUUGGAGGGUACAUGAUGCCUGUUCAAUACAGCGACCUAGGCGUUGGUGAAUCGCACAAGUGGACCAGAGAAAAAGCUAGUCUGUUCGACGUCAGCCACAUGGUGCAAUAUCACUUCACUGGACCCGGAGCAACUGCUUUCCUAGAGAAGAUCACACCCGCAGACCUGCAAGCACUACCACCUCACCAAUCCACCCUCUCGGCUCUGUUGCACCCGCAAACCGGCGGUAUUGUAGACGACACAAUCAUCACUCGCCUGGACAAAGACAAAUUCUACGUCGUCACCAAUGCCGGUUGCAGAGAAAAGGACGCCGCCUUCUUCACCGCAAACCUGGAUGCCUGGAACAAUGCAAACCAACCCCGUGUGGACAAAACCGAACUCAAGAACCAAGGCCUCGUAGCUCUGCAAGGACCUUUGUCAGCUGAAAUUUUGCAAGGUGUACUCGCUCCUUCCUCGGACAAUAUCGAUCUCAAAUCCAUCCACUUUGGCACUUCGAAGUUCUUGACCCUGAGAUUCGCAUCUGGCGAGGCUUCCUCACCCGUGCUUGCCUCUCGCGGCGGUUACACCGGCGAAGACGGUUUCGAAAUCUCCAUCGCACCCGAAGACACAGUCGCGGUGACCGAACUCCUCCUCAGCGCGGGUGGCCCCGAAAAGCUGCGUCUUGCGGGCUUGGGCGCCAGAGACUCACUCAGACUGGAAGCAGGCAUGUGUCUCUACGGCCACGAUCUCGACGACAGCACAACACCCGUGGAAGGUGCCCUAGGUUGGAUCGUCGCAAAGUCCCGUCGCUCGGCUCCUCGCAACGAAUUCAACGGUGCGGAAGUUAUCUUGCCUCAACUGAUCCCCGUAAGCAAAGGCGGAAAGGGCGUUCCCCGGCGUCGCGUGGGACUGCUCGUCGAAGGCGCCCCUGCUCGCGAAGGCGCCCAAAUCGUGGAUGCCGAAGGCAAUGCCAUCGGUGUGGUUACCAGUGGCUGUCCUUCUCCUACGCUGAAGAAGAAUAUCGCCAUGGGAUACGUCAAGGAUGGUCAACACAAAUCCGGCACUGAGCUGGGUGUUGUGGUCAGAGGCAAGACGAGAAAAGCCACCGUCACAAAAAUGCCCUUUGUAACCAGCAAAUACUGGAAAGGAGGAAUUUCGCCGGCUUAA